AUGAACAAUUAUCUUUAAGGUAAUCGCAAUUAGGGUAUAAAUGUAAGGAGUCAAAAUCCUAGGCAAGAAAUGGAAGAGGAAUAAACAGCUGCUUCAAUUUUCAAAUCAAUUGAAAAAUAAUCGCUAGAGAAUGGACUUAAAUCAUAACUCUUUUAGAUUCAAUUUUAAAUCAAAGAUUUCGCUAUGAAACUUAAUUAAUUUGACUUUGAUGCGAAAAUUCGAUCUCUAAAAGAAAAAAUAAAAGGUAUGCAAAACUUAAUUGAGAAUGAUAAAUCUCUGGAUUAAGAAUCAUUAUUAAACUAUGUAAUUUAUCUUAAGGAGAAUUACUUAUCUCGAGAGAAGGAUUUUAGAGUCCAUAUUAAGGUUUUUGAGGAUCCUAAUUAUUUUGUGCCUGACAAUCUUCAUAUGUUUAUUAAAAAAAUAUCAUCAUAUGAAAUAAGCUAUUCAGAAUGCCAAUCCUUAUUGUUUCUGGAUUAAGAAUUAACUAAUUUGGAAAUGAUCUAUUGUGUAUUGAAGCCAAUAGUACAAAACUAUAAAGAGAUUCUUUAUUAUGAAAAGGUUGAUUCUCCAAUUAAAUAAUAUACGAAAAAUAGGAGAACCAAUCAAUAUCCGUUUUCCUCCUAGUAAAUUACCCUAUUGAUUGGAUUAUUGAACAAAUACUAUAAAUUCCGAGCAUUGCCAAAUAGGCAAGAAAAAUACGUAGCCUACGUUAAGUGGACCCCUGAUUUUAAUAUGAAUCAAGCAUAGUAUCUAGAGAAAUUAAUUAUAAUCUUGGAAAUACCUUAGGAACAGAACAAUAUUACUUAUGCACUUUUAAACAUCUUUCAGUAGUAAAAUCUGAAAGUUUGCAAAUCUACAUCUAUACCAAAAUAGAGAAAUCAAUUACAAUAACUAAGUCAGCAACUAGGUUGUAAUUAAUUUACUGCUACUUUGGUCCCUGAAUGUAGCUUAGAUUUUGCCUUAACAGAAUUUCUUAAGAUUGUGGCAACCAAAAUCGAUUUAAAACAAUUAAGUUAAUUUCUAGAUGAGAACGACUAUUUUAUAAAGGAGGAUAAGUCAGAGUCUGGGAGGUAGGAAGUAAAUUAUUUCGUUGAUGCAUUUGAGAUGGAGAGAUUAGGAUUUUCAAUUGCAUGAACAUUUUGAGCUAAAUAAGAAUUAUUAAUAUAA